UCUACAUCACCUCUGUCUUUUAACAGUUCCUCUGACUCACCUUUUGCUUCCGAACUCCUGCAUACCGUUUCCUGUUAUCAGCCAUGUCUGGCAUUUUCGUGGAAAUCGUUAUUUCGGCUUCUCAGGUAACCCCAGACAAGCCAGAUUUUUGGUCAUUGGUGUUGAACGGUCAAAGUCCUGUGGCUAUUUACACCGACAAUUUAAUAGUACCUGUCUGCAUCGCCACGGCGUCUGCUGCCAUUCUCAUAUUUCAUGCUCUACUCAGCUGGAGGCCGGUGAGACAGUUCAUUUUGCGACUGUGGAACAGCAAGACAUCGAGUCCUGAAAAUAAUGAGCAACUCCAACUAACAAAUCAAUCUCAUGGCAUCCUUGCCCAAGUCAGAGAACAUGUCGCUUUUCAUGGAGGGCCCUCCAUCUUUUUUUACAUGGUCUUCAGGCUUCUCGGCUCCUUAGCUCUGUUUGGGCUUUCGACUGUGGCUCUGGUGCCGGGUGAACGGGGCGGGACCCAUGAAAAGAAAGAACACUCCCUUGCCUUCACGAACAAGGAAUGGUUGCAAGUCUCUUCAUGCUUGACAUUCCUAUACACAUCCCUCCUCGGUCUCAUUGCUAUAACGGCAAAACCAAGAUGGAGUAGACUUGUCACCAGGCAUUUCAAUGCUGUGCUUCUGUCAGCCUUCGGAAUCUACUUCUAUCGCGAUCUCUUUCCAUUAUUGACGUACACUUUGCCAAUGCAAGAUACAGAAAACUGUAUCCUGUGGGCAAAGAUCGUUCUUCUUGGCAUCGUCGCUGUCUUGGUACCUUUAAUUAUCCCCCGUGCUUAUAUUCCUGUCGGUCCCGAGAAUCCAAUGCCGCUACCAAGCCCAGAACAGACGGCCCCUCUGAUAUCUAUGAUGCUCCAUAGCUACCUUGACCCUUUGGUGAUGAAGGCCUAUCGUAUUCCCCACCUGCCAUUUGAUCAGCUUCCGCCCCUUGCGGAUUACGACACCUCUCAAGUACUGAAAGCUCGAAGUUUCCCACAUCUGGAUGUUUUCUCGGGAGCUAAAAAGCGACACAUCUUUUUCGGUUUGAUGCGUGUGUUCCGAUGGGAUUAUACAGUUUUGGCUAUCAUGAUUUUGGUGCACGUUUGCGGUACAUUUGCCGGCCCCAUUGGUAUCAACAGAUUACUUUACUACAUUGAACAUCGAGAUGACGGAGAGGCUUUUGUCAGACCUAUUGUCUGGAUAUUAUGGCUAUUCUUUGGGCCUGUGGUUGCUUCAAUCGCCAUUCAGUGGUAUAUCUUUAUUGCAACGAGGAUUAUGGUACGGGCCGAAGCCAUUAUGACUCAGCUGGUAUUCGAGCAUUCACUUCGUGUCCGUGUGAAAGCUUCGACGACGAAUAGUUCCGGGCAAAGCACUGCUCCCACUCCUGAUAACGCAUCUUUCGUAGAUGAUGCACCGUCUACAGAGUCGAUCGGGAGCAACACCUUACAUGGAACCUCUGAUGCAGUCUCUACCGACUCCAGGGAUAAAAAUGUCGACGCUAGUACUGAAAAUGCCUCUUCGUCGAAUAAAAUAACGCAGGAGUCCCCAUCAGGGCAAACUCCAGCAGCUUCUCAGUCAGAUACAAGCAACCUGGUGGGCAAGAUCAAUAACUUGGUUACGACAGACCUGGGAAACAUUAUAGACGCGAGGGAUUUUCUUCUUAUUGGCGUCUAUGUACCUGUGCAAAUCACGCUUUGCAUCUGCUUCCUUUACAUAGUCUUAGGCUGGAGUGCGUUUGUUGGUCUGGCAUUUAUCAUAGUCAUGCUCCCAAUUCCUGGCUUCGUGGCUAAGUUCACUCAAACCGUCCAAGAGCAACGUCUGAAGAAAACGGAUGGGAGAGUGCAAACGGUCACCGAAACCAUGAACGUGCUUCGCAUGAUCAAGCUCUUCGGAUGGGAGAAGAAGAUGAAUGACAAGAUCGCUGAGCAGCGAGACGAAGAGCUGGUUUGGAUCAAAAAGCGUAAGAUAUUGGAUCUGCUUAACGGGACCAUAAACUUCGUGAUACCGAUUAUUACAAUGACCAUUGUUAUGAAACAGCAGCUGAGCGCUUCCAAAGUUUUCUCCAGCAUGUCGGUUUUUGACAUGUUGAGAGAUCAGCUUCACAUGGUCUUCAAUUCUAUCACAGACACUAUCACCGGUAAAGUUUCGCUUGAUCGUAUGACAGAUUUCCUUCGGAAUACGGAACUUCUCGAUUCUUACACGGAGAAAGACAUUGCCAUAGAUCUGCGUGCUACAGGCAAUCAUGAGGUGGAUGCGUCGCAGAUUGGCUUCCGGAAUGCGUCAUUUGUCUGGUCUAGCGAUGCCGAUGGAUCUUUCACUUCAUCGAAGAGGAAGUUCCUACUCAAGAUCGACAAUGAUCUGAUAUUCCAACGUGGUCAUAUAAAUCUGGUUGUCGGACCUACGGGUUCUGGAAAGACGUCAUUGCUUAUGGCUUUAUUAGGCGAGAUGCACUUCAUUCCAGCUGGAUCUGACGCAUGGUUUAACCUUCCUCGAGAUGGAGGCGUUGCAUACGCCGCACAGGAAUCAUGGGUUCAAAAUGAGACCAUUAAAGCCAACAUUCUCUUUGGAUCACCUUAUGAUGAAGCAAGAUACAAGAAAGUUAUUUAUCAGUGUGGGCUUGAACGAGAUAUUUCCCUGUUCGAAGCAGGCGAUCUAGCCGAGGUGGGGGAGAAAGGUUUGACCCUCAGUGGGGGCCAAAAAGCCAGAGUCACACUUGCGCGCGCUAUUUACUCCCGAGCGCAAAUCAUAUUGUUGGACGAUGUUCUGGCGGCUCUCGACGUCCACACCGCCAAAUGGAUAGUAGACAAGUGCUUCACGGGCGAUUUAACGAAGGGCCGAACAGUCAUUCUAGUGACGCACAAUGUUGCCAUGGCCCGCCCGAUAGCCAAUUUUGUUGUUUCCAUCAAGAAUGGCAGAGUUGCAAGUCAAGGCUCUAUCAGUGAUGCGUUGGCGCACGAUGCAUUGCUGACAGACGAAACCGAUCAAUUUCAGAAAGCAAUGGAUAAAGUAGAAGAAGAAAUAGAUUCUCAGCCUCCCCCUGGCGCAAAGAAGUCUGACGGCAAGUUAAUAGUGGCUGAAGAGAUUGAAGAGGGACAUAUUGGUGUACCUGCACUUAUAUUCUUUUUUUCCUCUCUUGGAGGCAGUCAUGUCUGGCUUUUCUUCGCGUCUUUCAUCGGUGGACUUGCCAUCACAGAAAUAUUAAAUGCCGCGCAGACUUGGUGGUUGGGACACUGGGCCUCACAGUACGACGAUCGAGAAACGUAUCAAAUCCCUGUCUUUUUCUAUAUAAGUAUCUACAGCUCUUUCACUCUCUUUGCAGCAUUGGUUUAUGCUGCCACAUUUAUGUUAUUUGUCGUUGCGACUCUGCGAUCGUCUAGAACAAUUCACAGGCAGCUCAUCCAGUCAGUUCUAGGAACAACUUUAAGGUGGCUCGACACUACUCCUACUUCGCGAGUUAUCGCUAGGUGUACUCAAGAUAUCAGAGCACUUGACGGGCCGAUCACGAUGUGGUUCAUGUAUGUGGUGGAGAUCUCUGUGACCAUGCUCGUCAAAUUUGUGGCUGUUGUCGUUGUGACUCCGCUUUUCUUAUUCCCGUCAGUAAUUGUUGCUCUUGCUGGAGCUUGGUGCGGUCAGAUGUACAUAAAGGCGCAGCUAUCAGUCAAGCGCGAGAUGUCGAACGCGAAGUCGCCGGUUCUUUCGCAGUAUGUAUACAUGAAGAUUACCUACUCGUCAUCUAUACGAGCAUAUGGCGUUCAGGAAGCUUUCGCACAGGAGUCUUUGUCUCGAAUCAAUCGUUAUACGCGUACUGCACGAACAUUUUACAAUCUCAAUCGCUGGGUGUGCAUUCGGAUUGACACCCUCGGAGGUCUCUUUGCAGCCACCCUCGCGGUAUACUUAGUGUACUUCCAGGACCGCACAGCUUCAACCACUGGCUUCUCUUUGAACAUGGCCAUUGGCUUCAGCGGUUUAAUACUUUGGUGGGUGAGGACACUGAACGAGUUCGAAGUCCAAGGUUAUGUUACUAUAGAGCAAGAGCCUAAGCCCACUGCAGGGGGUGCACCUCCCGCUUACUGGCCAACCUCUGGAAAACUCGUUGUUGAAGAUUUGACAGCCAGGUACUCGCCAGACGGUCCUGCAGUACUACAUAACAUUUCCUUCACCAUUAAUUCUGGCGAAAGAAUUGGUGUUGUUGGCAGGACAGGAAGCGGGAAGAGUUCCUUGACCUUAUCGCUUCUUAGGUGCAUAUAUACUGACGGGAACAUCUAUUAUGAUGGGCUACCUACUUCAUCAGUCAAUCUUGAUGCACUGCGUUCGAGCAUAACCAUCAUUCCGCAAAUGCCCGAACUUCUAAGUGGAUCCCUAAGACAAAAUCUGGAUCCUUUUGAUCAAUACGACGACGCGACAUUGAACGAUGCCCUGGGAGCAUCGGGUCUGUUCUCGCUACAGGAUGUCGACCAAGAAGGUUUUCUAAAUCUUGAUAGCACCAUUUCAAGUGGUGGUAGUAAUCUCUCCGUCGGUCAACGCCAAAUCAUCGCUCUCGCGCGGGCGAUCGUCCGGGAUAGCAAACUAUUGAUUCUUGAUGAAGCAACCUCUGCCAUAGAUUACAAAACAGACACAGUGAUUCAGUCUUCCCUUAGGAAUGAAUUGAAAGGCGAUGUCACGUUAAUCACAGUCGCCCAUCGACUUCAAACGAUUAUGGAUGCUGACAGGAUUCUGGUCCUCGACGCUGGUAACAUUGUCGAAUACGACAGUCCCUCCGCGCUGUUGAAGAAAGAGAAUGGGCAUCUACGAGCGAUGGUAGAUGAGUCAAACGACAGGGAUACACUGUAUGCCAUGGCAGAAGGCAAGAAAAUUACGCUCUGAAUGCCGUUUGAUACCAUCCAUCUAUACUUAAUUGUAUACCUAGUGGUAUAAAGAGUUGAGAAUAGAGUGAAUAUAGAUAGACAAUGCAGUACACGAGCAUCAUACAAUGCCAAGU